AUGACAUCCCGUUUCGUGUCGGCUGGCACCAUCGCCGGCGACGACGGUGAACCGCAGCAAUCUGCAUCCGUGUCACCUUCGAGUAAGACGCAGGAAGCCCCGGAAACACAGAAAUGGGAUAAGGAAACCGUUAAGAGAAACGCCGAAUGGGAAGCCGUGCAACGCGACCUCGAAGCUGACCGCCGGAGACGCGAAGAGGCGCGUAGGGCACAGGUCGAGGGGGGUCCCGGCGGGGAGAGUAAGACCUUGUUUGAUAUUUUGCAAGCGAAUAAAGCGGCUAAGCAGGCGGCAUUUGAGGAGAAGACUCGUAUCAGCAAUCAGUUCCGCGCGCUGGACGACGAUGAAAUCGACUUUCUGGAAAGCAUGCGUGAUGAGCGACGUGUGGAGGAGGAAAGGGUUAAGCGGGAGACGGAGGAGAGGUUGGCUAGUUUCCGACAGGCGCAGAAGGCUACCGGAACUACUGCUUCUUCGGGGGACGCCGAAGACGGGGAUGUCGUGCGUGAAGAUAUCGGUGAAGAUGUCGGGACAUGGACCGGCGGGGUAAAGAAGCGAAAGAGGCCCGAUAAGGAGGUGAAGGCUAUUGUUAAGGGUGUGAAAAAGAGAGCUAGUGGUUCCGAGAAGGAAGUUGAACGAGCAGUUGAGCCGGAUACAAAACUAGAGGGGCUGAAGGCGAAGACGGAAUCAAAGCCUAUACCGAAUGUCAGGACAAACUCUGAUCCAAAGUCUUCGAAAACCAUAGAGGAGAAAACGGACCAGGAACAGCCAAAAUCCAAACCGAAGCUUGGCCUGGUGGAUUAUGGCUCCGACGAGGACGAAGAUGAUUAA